GCCGGGACCCUGCGGCGGUGCGGUGCGAACACCUGAGAUCGAAGGUCCAUAUUGUUUCGGCAUGAUGUCGUGGUUGAUGCUUGCCGUGCUUGCAUUUUUUCGACUAGUGGAGGCGAUGCCAACCUUUCACAUCAACCUGGAUUUGCCUCCAGCAGAACGCUUCCAUGAAGUCACUGCACGCUUUCGCCAGGAUCAGCUUGCCAUUUUGGCGCAAAUGAAGCAAGUCCUGAAAGAGAAAUUUGCAGAGGAUGAAGUGCAGCAAUGGGUAGCAGCGUUGAAGGCACAUGUGCCGGAGGAGGAGGAGUUCAAAGAAGAGAUUGCAGGCAUUGCGAAGGAUUUGGCGAAGGGACACGCCUCAGAAGAGCUCUAUGACCAGAUUCUGCUCUUCAAUGCCGUUUACGAGUUGCAGUUUACAAACGACUGCUCUGGCAUUCUGGCGGCGGAUGUGGCGGGGACCGUGAUCCAUGGCCGCAAUUUGGACUUCCAUUUUCUGUACAAGAUGCCAGAUGGCAAUGAACACAAUUUUCCAGAUUUGGCCUUCAACGCCAUCUUCUGGCGCCAGGGGAAGCAGCUUCUCAUGGCACCCAGCUUCGCUCUCUUCAACGGUGCGCCGGAAGACGAAGGGGGGCUGGCCAUUUGGGACAUCUUGGACUGA